GAAAUCCUCUCUUACCCUUGGAAACAAGAACCAAACGCAACGACAACAAGGUUUCUCUCCUUUUGCUUUCUCUCACGCAGCCAACACCUUGUUCUUGUACCUCAUACCAAGACAGAGAAGAAGAUCAAAAUGACGGGAGAUAGAAACAUUGGUGUGGCUAUGGACUUCUCGCCUAGCAGCAAGAACGCUCUCAAAUGGGCCAUUGAUAACUUGGUCGAUAAUGGCGACACUCUUUAUCUCAUCCACAUCAAUCCCAACUCUCAUAACCAGCUUUUUGCUAAGUCUGGUUCUCCUCUUAUUCCUCUGGCUGAGUUUAGAGAGCCCGAGAUUUUGAAGAAGUACGACGUCGAAGUAGACAUUGAAGUUCUUGAUAUGCUUGACACCAUUUCACGACAGAAAGAGGUGAAAGUUGUUUCAAAACUGUACUGGGGAGGAGAUGCCAGAGAGAAGCUCCUUGAUGCUAUCGAUGAUCUGAAGCUCGACUCAUUGGUCAUGGGAAGCAGGGGACUUGGCACCAUCCGAAGGAUACUUCUGGGGAGUGUGAGCACUUAUGUGAUGACCCAUGCUCCAUGCCCUGUGACAGUCGUCAAGGAGAAGCAGUGAAGAGGAAGCAAUCAUCUGGGCAUGGCUUUUUCAAUUUGACAAUUUUACACUGGAGUGGUCCUAUUUAUUAUGCUUUG